UUGGUCGGCCCGGAACGAGGCUCCCGCGGCCAGGCCCGCGCAGAGCCGUUGCCAUGGCAGCCGCCGACGGGGGCGCGGACGACGAGCCGCGCUCGGGCCGCUCGAGCUCGGACGGCGAGUGCGCCGUGGCGCCGGAGCCGCUGACGGGCCGCGAGGGCCUCUUCUCCUUCGCAGACUUCGGGUCGGCGCUGGGCGGCGGCGCGGGCCUCUCGGGCCGGGCGUCCGGCGGGGCGCAGUCCCCGCUGCGCUACCUCCACGUCCUGUGGCAGCAGGACGCGGAGCCCCGCGACGAGCUGCGCCGUAAGAUCCCCGCCGGGCGGCUGAGGCGCGCCAGGCCCCACCGGCGGCUCGGGCCCACGGGCAAGGAGGUGCACGCUCUGAAGAGGCUGAGGGACUCAGCCAAUGCCAAUGACGUGGAAACAGUGCAGCAGCUUCUGGAAGAUGGCGCGGAUCCCUGUGCAGCUGAUGACAAGGGCCGCACAGCUCUGCACUUUGCCUCCUGCAAUGGCAAUGACCAGAUCGUACAGCUGCUCCUGGACCAUGGGGCUGAUCCCAACCAGCGAGAUGGGCUGGGGAACACGCCACUGCACCUGGCGGCCUGCACCAACCACGUCCCUGUCAUCACUACACUGCUACGAGGAGGUAUGUGCUCCCUUCCCCUGCGCCCCCCUUUCCUGCCCUCACCCUCCACAGUACUUACUCCACCUGCCCCUUCAGGGGCCCGUGUGGACGCCCUGGACCGAGCUGGCCGCACGCCCCUGCACCUGGCCAAGUCAAAGCUGAACAUCCUGCAGGAAGGCCACUCCCAGUGCCUGGAGGCUGUGCGGCUGGAGGUGAAGCAGAUCAUCCAGAUGCUGAGGGAAUACCUGGAGCGCCUGGGGCGGCACGAGCAGCGGGAGCGGCUGGAUGAUCUCUGUACCCGCCUCCAGAUGACGAGCACCAAAGAGCAGGUGGAUGAAGUGACCGACCUCCUGGCCAGCUUCACGUCCCUCAGCUUGCAGAUGCAGAACAUGGAGAAGAGGUAGCAAGAGAGGCUCCCUGCCUUCCCUGCUCUGCCACUGCCCCACCCUUGCCCCCCACUGCUCUCUCAUUACAAAAAAAAAAAGCCCAAUGCCUGGGACUUCGGAGCCGCACCUCUCUGGUGAGGCCCUUGCCCCCAGAUGCUGCCGGGGCAGAGAUGCCCUCUCACUGACUUCAGACCCACUCCCAGCCGCGGCCUGUCUCAUCUUCAUGGGCUGGGACCACAGCUCCAGCUUCCUCCUCUGCUCCCACAGCACCACAGCCACAUCUCAGCUCUGGCCAACAUGCACUGUCCUAGCAGGCCUCACUUGUCUUGUGGCCUCCUUGGCACCCUCGGCAGGUCCCAGACCUUUCUCUGUGUCUCUUCCUGGCCAGGGGCUCUUUACAGCCAGCAGGGUAUGGGCUUUGGGCAGUCAUCCUCGGGGGCUUCUUGGCUGGCCCUGCACCCCUCACCAGCACUUAGAUUUAGACUUGUCACCUGAUGUUCAAGGAGACAUUGCAGUGAGUUUCUCUUGGUUGGAAGGGAGGGUCGGUGAGGCCUAGACCUUAGAAAUACAAGGUUAGGAAGGAUCUCGCGGAACCCAAAGCCUUUCUCUCCCUGGCGCUAAAACACCCGGAGGGCCUUGUGGUCCAUUCUGCAGCCUAACUGUAGUAGGCUGAAUAGUGUCCCCCACCCCCCCGAUGUCCAUGUUCUUAUCCCAUGAACCUGGGAACAUUACUCUAUCGGGCAAAGGGGACUUUGCAGAUGUAAUUACAUUAAUGAUUUUUGGACAAGGUGACUCCUGGAAUAACCCCGUGGGCUUCAUGUAAUCCUGGGGAUUCCUUCCUUAUGGGAGGAAGGCAGGAGGUCAGAGAGGAAGUAGGAGAUAUAGUGGGAAGGGGUCAGAGCUGUGGAAUGCAGGCCGGCGCCCACAGAGGCUAGAAAAGGCAACAAAUGGAUUCUCCCUUCAGAGCUUCCUGAGGGAACCAGCCCUGCUGACACUUUGACUUUAGCCCAGAUCUUAGAAUUCUGACUGCCAGAACUAUAAGAGAAUAAAUACGUGUUGUUUUAA